AUGGCGGAGGCAGCAGCAGCAGAAAGUGCGCAUGGGGCGGACGACCAUAAGAACCCUACAAUACAUCACACAACGAGAGAUGAAGCAGCACCUGUCAGUGUUCUUGAGGACGGAUCGUUGGACCCUGUAUACGAGGCCAAGGCGAAAGUGCUGAACAAAGCAGUCCAGGAUAUAGGUAUGGGACGGUACCAGUGGCAGCUCUUUAUCGUCAUUGGAUUCGGAUGGGCAAUGGACAAUCUAUGGCCUAUUGUGACAUCACUCAUCUUCACCCCUGUUAGCAACGAAUUCAGACCGAAUCGACCACCUUUUCUAACCUUGUCCCAAAACAUCGGUCUCCUGUUUGGCGCUGUGUUUUGGGGAUUCGGCUGCGACAUCUUUGGUAGGCGAUGGGCUUUCAACCUCACCAUUGGCAUCACUGCGGUUUUUGGUAUGGUAGCGGCCGGCAGUCCGAAUUUUGCUGCCAUUGGCACUUUUGCUGCUCUCUGGUCUGUUGGCGUUGGUGGCAAUCUUCCCGUCGACUCUGCCAUUUUCUUGGAGUUUUUACCCGGAUCCCAUCAGUACUUGCUUACCAUACUCUCGAUUUACUGGUCGCUAGCACAAGUUUUUGCUACGCUUGUAGCAUGGCCGUUGCUGGGAAACUUGACAUGUCAACAGACCGAGAAUACAUGUACAAAAGGAGAAAACAUGGGUUGGCGGUAUUUUGUGCUCGUAAUGGGCGGCACAGCAUUGAUCAUGUUUGCCAUACGUUUCGUCUUCUUUACCAUUUUCGAGUCUCCAAAAUAUCUCAUGGGCAAAGGUGAAGACGAAAAGGCCGUUGAAGUUGUUCAUGAAGUCGCCCGCCGCAACGGCAAAACAUCGCCAUUGACAGUUCAAGAUCUAGAAUACUGUAACCUUGUCGCACGACCGGGAGUCUCUCAGCAACAAAUCACCGCAGCAGCUGCAAUCAAGCGAAAUCUCCAGAAGCUGGACAGUUCGCACGUCAAAGCCCUCUUUGCCACAAAAAGGCUCGCCUUCUCCACCAGUGUCAUCACCGUAGUCUGGGCGUUUAUUGGACUUGGAUACCCCCUCUACAAUGCCUUCCUGCCCUACAUACAAGCAACUCGAGGCGUGGAUUUUGGCGAUGGAUCAACAUACAUCACCUACCGUAACAGUCUAAUAAUCGCUGUUCUGGGCGUCCCAGGCUGUAUCCUCGGUGGUGUUUUGGUCGAAACACCCUUGAUUGGCCGCAAAGGCACCUUGGCCGCAUCCACGGUUCUCACAGGAGUCUUCUUGCUUUGCUCUACUACUGCUCUCACCUCGGAUAGCCUGCUCGGCUGGAACUGCGCUUACAAUUUCAUGAGCAACAUCAUGUAUGCUGUCUUGUACGCUUAUACUCCGGAGAUUUUCCCCACAAAAGAUCGGGGCACGGGUAAUGCCAUCACUGCGAGUGCGAAUCGGAUUUUCGGUAUCAUGGCUCCGAUUGUAGCUAUGUUUGCGGACCUGGAAACGAGUAUACCGGUAUAUGUGUCUGGGGCGCUUUUCAUUGCUGCUGGGCUGCUAGUCCUUGUCUUACCGUUUGAGAGUCGUGGAAAAGCUAGUAUGUAG